AUGGAGGGCUGGGGCGUAAGCGGAAGCGGCCACGGGCUGGUGAGGAGGGAGGCCACGUCGCUGGUCUGGGCCGCCGUGGCGGUGGGCCUGGCCAGCGUGGCGGCCAGCGGGGCCUACCUCUGGUACGAGACUCGCCUCUUCCGCCGGCGAGACAAGAUUAAAUCCUCGUCAUCUUCAUCCUCUUCCUCUUCCUCAUCCUCUGUCGCUACCGACCACGUCACCACCCUCUUCGACACCGUCGGCAACACCCCGCUCCUCCGGAUAGAGAGCUUGUCGCGGGCUACAGGCUGCACCAUCCUCGCCAAGGCCGAAUUCAUGAAUCCGGGCGGGAGCGUGAAGGAUCGGGUGGCGCGCAACAUCAUCGUCGAGGCCGAGCGCGAGGGCAAGCUCCGCCCGGGCGUCUCCAAGCUCGUCGAAGCCACCGCCGGCAGGCACCCGCCCCACUUCCCCCUCCCCCAGCCCCGCGCACUUCAUUUUCUGCUGCGCUGCUGCUGA